AUUUUGGGACUUGGAUCAUCAAUAGAUUCGCUAAUUUUACAUCAUAUAAUUAGUGUUUUCCAUUCACAUGUUACGUAACUAUUGCUUUGAGCUAUAUGUGAUACUGUUAUUUCAAGCUAUUUAUGAUUCACUUCAUUGUCACUAUAAGCAAACAAUUAUGUUUGAUCAAAGGAUCAUAGCAAUCUCCUUCCUCGUGUGUUUUAUAAUAGUAUUUAACUUCUCCCUUCAUCGUAUUGAAGAGGGUCAUGUGGGAGUAUACUUUCGAGGUGGUGCGCUGUUACCUUAUGUGAGUAACCCAGGAUUUCACAUGAUGGUACCAUUACUCACUACAUAUCGUUCGGUUCAAGUAACUUUGCAAACAGACGAAGUAAAGAAUGUGCCAUGUGGAACCAGCGGUGGUGUAAUGAUAUACUUCGAUCGUAUAGAAGUUGUGAAUAUAUUGGAUGCAAAUAGUGUCUACAAUAUGGUGAAGAAUUUUACAGCGGAUUAUGAUCGUACAUUGAUUUUUAACAAGAUACAUCAUGAAUUAAACCAAUUUUGCUCUGUACAUACAUUACAUGAAGUUUACAUUGAUUUGUUUGAUCAAAUUGAUGAGAACUUGAAGACUGCUCUUCAAAGGGAUUUAAAUGAAUUAGCGCCUGGUCUUAAUAUACAAGCCGUAAGAGUAACAAAACCAAAGAUUCCUGAGACAAUCAGGAAAAACUAUGAAUUAAUGGAAGCAGAAAAAACAAAGCUGUUGAUAUCUACGCAGCAUCAAAAAGUAGUGGAAAAAGAUGCUGAAACUGAUCGCAAGAAGGCUAUUAUCGAAGCUGAAAAGGAAGCACAAGUUGCAAAGAUUCAAUAUAAUCAAAAAAUCAUGGAGAAAGAAUCUCUACAACAAAUGGCUGCAAUAGAAGAUGAUAUGCAUUUAGCAAGACAAAAGAGUCGUUCGGACGCCGAAUUUUACCAAAUGAAAAUGCAAGCUGAAGCGAACAAACUGCUUCUAUCUAAGGAAUUCUUAGAACUCAGGAAGUAUGAAGCUUUGGCACAUAAUGCCAAAAUAUAUUAUGGACAAGACAUUCCAAAAAUGUUCGCAUACGGAGGCUGCUCAAAUGAUCCCAGUUUCAAUACAUCACCACCAGUAUCCACCAUCAGCACCAGUACAAAUAUUGAAGAGAAAAAGUGAUGAGUGAUAGAUUUACAAAAUAAUAUCUCGAACUGGAACCUUUAUCAUAAUGAAAUGAUUUUAGUUCAAUUACAGUGAUUCAAUAACUAUUUUGGUUUAAAGUUUUUAUUAAACUUUGAUAAUAAAAUUCAUAUAAUUAUAAUUUUUUUCCAAAAUUUUUGUAGUGAACUCAAUGUAGUGAUUUGAUUUGAAUUUGAUUUCAUUAAAUUAGUUUUUGCAGUUUUUCUUGUUUCUAAUUAUAUUUGCAUUUUAUCUUUAUGCAUAAAACUCAAAUCAAAUUUGCUCAUAAUUAUUUGUAU